AUUGAUGCAGGUGUCAAACAGAAAGUAAUUGAAGAAGAGACUGCAGCUGCUGAAGUUGAAGUCACCGAAGGAGGUGGGGAAGUUGAAGAUAGCAAAGGAGAUGCAGAAGUUGAUGAUACCAAAGGAGGUGGAGAAGUUGAAAAUAACAAAAGAGGUGGAGACGGAACUACCAAUUCUGAUGCCAAUGGAACUGUUUAUCAGGAUGAGGAGACUGAUAAGAGUGGAAGUGAUGGGGAAGAUAUUGAAGAAGAAGAAGACCCUUCUGCAUAUAUGGAAGCUCCUCUCACUGACAUAAAAAAAGAAAAGGAGUUUGAAAUAUUUGUUGGGGGACUGGACAAGGAGGCAGUUGAAGAGGAUUUGAUUAAAAUCUUUGGGGAGUUUGGGGAAAUUCAGACUGCAAGGAUAGCAAAGCAUCCAACCACACAAAAAAGCAAAGGUUUUGCAUUUAUUCGUUAUGCUACAGUUGAGCAAGCCAAGAAGGUCCUUGUUGAAUUGAAGGAUGGGAUCGAGGUGAGGGGCAAGCGUGUUGGUAUAUCUCCGAGUCAGGACAAUGAUACGCUUUAUAUGGGCAACAUUUGCAAAACAUGGACAAAGGACCAAGUACUCGAGACACUGAAAAGCUUUGGGAUUGAACAAAUUGAGGAGAUCUAUUUACCUGAUGAUCCCAAGAUUGAAGGAAAGAGCAGAGGUUUUGCACUUUUGGAAUUUAGUACCCACUCUGAUGCCAUGGCAGCUUUUCAACGGCUAAGGAAGCCGGAUGCUGUCUUUGGCUGCGAUAGAAGUGCUAAAGUUGCUUUUGCACAGUCUUCGAUUCAUCCCAGUGAGGAAGCUCUUUCACAGGUUAAGACUGUAUUUAUUGAAGGUCUGACUGAUUCUUGGGAUGAAUUGAAAGUGAAGGAGCUCUGUAAACAGUAUGGUGUAAUAGAAAAAGUUCAAUUAUCUCGGAAUCUUGUCAAAAAACGAAAGGACUUCGGUUUUGUUACAUUCACUUCUCGAGAAAGUGCAGUAGCUUGUGUGGAGGGUAUCAAUAAUGCUCAGAUUGGUGAGGGUGAUGUCAAGGUCAAAGCAAACCUAGCGAAGCCUCAAAAUAAGGGCCGGCUUGCAAAGCGGGGGGCUCGAGGUGGUUUCAAGGUUAAGGAGGGUGUAAAGACUGAAGAAACUGGCCCAUCAAAGGCAAAAGAUCAUGCAAAGUCCAAGGGGGCCGGAGGAAAGGGGAAGAAGACUCUUGUGAAGUUAAAAAAUGUUAAAGGAGGUAAAUCACACAAACCCCAAGGCAAUCAGGGUAGUCAGGCACCGUCCAGCUCAGAAAGAAUAAGUCGGCCAAGGAACAGACAGCCUCAUAAGGGUGAGAAACGUGGUAGGAGAGACAUGGACACCGGUCCCAGUGACCGGUCAUCAAAGAAAGCUCGUGGCAUUGUGCAUGGUAGACCACCAUACAAUAGUUUUGGGAGCCGAAGGAACAAGUCUCACUCUGGGAGGCCAAGGCCAAACUACAAUGCGGCUUCUACCACCUAUGGGAAUUCUUAUGCGCAGGGGUAUGCUGCAUCUUCAUCUAGGUAUCAGGGCCAUACAUAUGGUGCAACUUCUGGGUCAAAGCGUCAGUUUUCAGAUAUGGAACCUCAUGCUGGAUACCUUGAACCUGCUGCCCGCAAACAAAGCCGGGAUCAAUAUGGUUUUGAACCAAGAAGACCUGUUGGAUAUGAUCUUCAAGGGAGCAGAGGUGCUGCUUAUGCUGGAGUUGCCACAAGAUCUGUAAUCCCACCUUCUUAUGGUCCCGACUAUUCAAGCUAUGCCAGAUAUGAGGGCAGUGGUGCUGGUGGCAGUUACGUGUAUCCUAGCAGUGCAGCAUAUCCACCUCGGCGGGCUUACUACUACUGAAAGAGCAAGAUCUGCCAAUGAUGCAGCAUUACUGUAAUGCUGCAUUGUCUUCUUGAGGAUCUGUUCAAGGUGUUGGGUAUCAUUAUGCCUUGAAG